AUGGUACUAUUCGUGAAGAAAUUUGACAAGUUUCUCAAGAGAUGCGGCUUCAACAAAAGUGGUGAAAGAAAGAAGACCUCCGGCAAAUCAAGGGCAAGACACUCAACAAGAACAUGCUAUGAGUGCGGCGAACCGGGUCAACUCAUCGUUGAUUGCCCCAACAAGAAGAACAAAGAUGAAUGUGAGAAGAAAGGGUACAACAAGGAAAACCACAGGAAGGGUUACAAGAUUCAAACUCAUCUUGGUCAAGAAUGGGACUCCAACACCUCUGACACUGACUCCGAUGAAGAGGAAUGUGUCACUACAAUUGCUCUUGCUAUUUCACCACCAAACAAGUCACUAUUUGAAGAUUCAAGCGAUGAUGAGCCUCCCAUUUGCCUCAUGGUAAAGGGACGUAAGGUAUCACUACCAACUGAGCUUUCAAAUGUUGAUCUCACUAGUGAGUAUGAUAGUGAUAGUGAUAAUGAUUUGAUAGAUAAUGUAGAUAAAUUAUCUUUGCCUAGCAUGUGUGAUUUACUUGAGACAAUAGAGGGGCAAGAGAAAACUCUCAAAAAAUAA